AUGCCCGCAAUCACCGGAAACAAUUCAGGUUUUCGUGUCCUCUCCUGGCCCGUUAUGCCUGCUGCCGGCGCACAUUGGUUUUUCCCUCGUGCAUUACCACCGCCUGUAGCGGGACUGGAAAGGCUGGCCCCCGCCACCCAACAGUUGCUUAUGAUGACCUCAAUGGAGAAACCCCUAGGAUCGUUUUAUGAUAUCUCUGGUGAACUUGAUGGUCUAAUGCAGCCACCUCCAUCCACAGCAUUUGUACCCCACAUUCAGGUGUCCAAUGAUGAGCUAUCGAAGUUGGACAAAACGAAUGAAUCAAUGCCGUAUUUACAUCUCAUUGAUCGUGAAUCGAUGCCCGGCUUACUUACGGAUCCAGCAAUUGGUCCACGAUCAUCCCAAAUAGAUACGGGAACUGGGUUUCCCUACCUUUCAGCAUUGAUUCAACCGUAA